AUGGAGAAAAGAGCAGCAGUUGUGGUGUCGAUCCAAGGAGGAAGAUAUGUGAUAAGAGAAGAUUAUGGGGAUUUUAUAGAGCGUUUCGAGCUGCUUCCGUUUCCUCAGCCGCCUCCUCCCGCUGCAAAACAACCUCUCUCCGGCCUGACUUUUGCCGUCAGCGAUGUUCUUUUAGGAAUUUUUGCUCGCGAUCCUUCUGUUUUGCAUCGUGUUGGGCAUGUUCUUAGAUUGAACCCAGUGGAGCCUAGAAGAAAAAGGCGCAUAGUUGUGGCUGAUGAUUUAUGUCAGUUAUCUAAAGUUCAUCAACAGAAAACUGUAUAUAUUGUUAGCAAAGUAACUGAAAAGUUAUCUGGUUUUAAAAAAGGGAAUGUAGAUAGCUCAAGGAAGACACGGUCAUCUUCCAAAAGAGAGAAGGCAAAUGAGGUGUCGCAAACGCGUUCAAAGACAUCCAAAAAAACAGCUAUUGAACAACCAAAAGUGAAGCUGAGGGUUAAGGUCAAAACUGUAAGUAAGAAGCGUGAACUAUCUGAUGAAGAUGAUUCAGAUUUUCAGAGUCGUCCUGGAUCUUCAAAGAAACCAAACAGAGAAACUAAAGUUUUGAAGAAAGAUAAAAAAAGUUUAAGUAGAGAACAGAAGGAUUGUGUUAGGGCUAUGGGAUUUGGGAGUUUGUUAGGGAUGAAGAUGAUUGACGUACCGUUGAAGAUUGUUUAUUAUGUUUUUGAUCAUUUUAAUUUUGAAUCUUUGAAGGUGGAGUUUGAUAAUUGUGAAGUUAGUGUUGAUAAGAAGAUAAGGUUUCUUGAGGAUAUUUUACAAGAGAGUGGAGGAUUUGGAUGUGGACAUGUUAAUGAAGCAUAUGUUGAAGAAGAAUUUCAAGAAUCUGAGUAUAAUGAGGAGGAAUCUGGUGGUGAUGAUGUUGAAUCUGAUGGUGAAGAGGAUUUAUGUGAUGAAGAUGAAGAAGAUUUUGAUGUUAAUAAAGUUAGUGAUGUGGAGGUGUAUGAAAGUAAAAUUUCAUGUAUGUAUCAGAAGAUGGAGGAUUUGAAAAAGGAUCUUGUUGUAAAGAUAGAUGAGGGAGUGUUGAAGUUUCCCCAAAGUCAAAAUUUGAAAAUUUGGAAAUUAUUAUUUCUUGUUGAAGAUUUAAGCACAAAAAGUUUUGAUUUCCGUUAUGUUUCACAAAAAUAUAAAGAAUCGAUAUUAAAACCUGGUUUUGUUCAAGUUAAUGAUGAAGAUUAUGGGAAUGAUUUUCUUAAUGAUGAUGAAAAUGUUGAAGAUUAUGAUCAAGGGAAAUGUUCUGGUGGUCAGGGGGAUGGAAGUGGUCCACAUGAGGGCAAUAUUGGUAAACAUCAUGUUGAAGGUAAAGGUGAUUAUGAUGAAGAUGAUGAACAAGGAAAUGGAAGUGGAUGUGUAUCUUUUAGUCAAUUUAUUUGCGAUCCAGUUGUUGAAAGUUUUCUUAAAACUUUGGAUCAAGGUACUGAUGGUUGUUUAAAUCAGAAACUAGUUGAAGAUGAUGUGAAUUUGAAUUUGACUGGUAUUGAGGAUGGGACUGUAAAUUUGGGUGAGGAUGAUCAUAAGAAUAAAGUAAUUUCAGAUCGUACUGUUGAUAAAAUUAUUGUAGCAAAGAAGGAUGGAGAAGAAAAUGUUGAAGAUUGUUCAAAUAAAAACAAGGAUUCAAAUGAGACUCGAUCAUUGAAAAAUGAUCUUGUUCCAAGUUUUAGUCUUGGAUUUAGUCAAGAUUAUGAAGGUUCCAAGAAGUCAUCUCAAAGUCAAAUUUCUUCUGAACGGAUGAUAAAGAAAAAGAUUAAGGAUAGAGUUAUUUUGGGAAAACCAAGUGCUGGUCCAGAGUGUGUUAUUCCAAAUGUUGAUGUUAUUGAUGCUAGUCCAGUUUCUUUUGCACCCCUUUUGGGUACAUUAGAAAGACCAUCAAAACCUGUUUCUGGCAAACAUAAAGAUAUAAAUGAAGAAGCAACACAGUAG